AUGUUCAGACACACUUCACGUGUCCUGCGACCAAGUUCGCUGCAAACUACGGCUGUUCAACGAGCAAUCGUAAAGAGAAUGGCUUCAGCAGCCAGUCUGGGGCUCAAGGACCAGACACUCUUCAAAACAAAAGGACUUAUAAACGGUGAAUGGUAUGGCUCCGAGUCUACAUUCACCGUCCAUAACCCUUCGACUGGGCAGGAGCUCGGUCAAGUCGCGGAAAUGACGGUCGACGAUACGAAGAAGGCGAUACAAGCCGCCCAUGAAGCUUUCCAGUCGUGGUCAACGACGACUGCAAAGGUGCUUCUCAUCCUCUUACAGUAUUAUCAACUGACACGAAUGUUUAUUUUCAAGACUCGCCAUGAUCUCUUAAUGAGAUUCUUCCAGCUCAUGCAUGAGCAUGCCGACGACCUCGGACGUUUAAUAACACUCGAGAAUGGCAAGCCGUUAGCUGAGGGCAAGGGAGAGAACGCAUACAGUGCUUCGUUUAUCGAGUGGUUUGCUGAAGAAGCUGUGAGAGCGUACGGUGAAGUCAUCCCACCGAUGCAGAACGGCCAAAGGGGAAUAAUAAUCAAGCAGCCGAUCGGCGUCGUGUCUAUCCUUACACCUUGGAACUUUCCCUCCGCGAUGAUCACUCGGAAACUCGGUGCAGCCUUGGCGGCGGGAUGCACAGCAGUCGUCAAACCAGCAGCAGAGACACCCUUUUCUGCCUUGGCGCUAGCAGAGCUUGCUAACAGGGCAGGGAUUCCAAAGGGUGUUAUUAACGUAGUCACAUCGCACAAACACCUACCCGAGAUCGCAAAGGAGAUGUGCGAGAAUCCAAUUGUCAAGAAAAUUUCCUUCACUGGAAGCACGAGAGUGGCAAAGCUGCUGGCUGGAUAUGCUGCUGGAACCCUCAAAAAGAUGACAAUCGAGGCAGGCGGAAACGCGCCCUUCAUCGUCUUCAAUGAUGCCGACGUUGACCAAGCUGUGGAGGGUGCUGUAGCGAGCAACUGUGUGUGUGCCAACCGUAUCUUCGUCCAAUCUUCGGUGUACGCCGAUUUUGCAGCCAAACUGGCAUCGAGGGUAUCCUCAUUUGUCGUUGGUGAUGGACUCGAAGAGCAAACUACGCACGGUCCUCUGAUCCAUGGCAAAGCAAUCGAGAAAGUAGAGUCACACGUCAAGGAUGCAGUCUCUAAAGGUGCAAAAAUUCUCGUCGGCGGUGAGAGAUUGGACGCAAAGGGGCCGAACUUCUUCGCGCCCACAGUUCUCUCCGAUGUCGACCCCUCGAGUCAAAAUUUUAUCGACGAGACGUUUGGUCCGCUCGCGACAUUGACAAGAUUCGAAACAGAGGACGACGUGGUGCGAUUGGCAAAUGAUACCGAGUUUGGGCUUGCUGGAUAUUUCUAUACACGAGAUGUUGGACGCGCGUGGAGAGUUGCUGAAAAGCUCGAGGUGGGCAUGGUUGGUGUCAACGUAGGUCUCAUCUCUGCGGCCAUCGCACCCUUUGGAGGCGUAAAGGAGAGUGGAUACGGGCGAGAGGGAUCUCAUUCCAUUGAAGAGUACAUGAACACCAAGUUUGUGUCCUUUGGCGGUCUCAAUGGCUGA